AAACCAACCACCAAACAAAGUUUCACACUUUCUUCUUCUUCUUCUUCUUCUCCAUUUCAUUUGCUUAUUUCCACGUUAACAUCACUCUAAACAUGGGAAGAGAUCUCUCUCAAACUUCAAAACUCAGAGCCUUCACAAACUCCUUCUCCCAUAUGGAGAAAGCCCUAAACGAGGCCGUUUCCAAGAGCUUUCUGGGCUCCUACUUCAAGUUGGAACAGAGGAAAAGUUGCUUCACGAGGGAGCUUCGUGCUGCCAUCGCAACUUUUCUUACCAUGGCUUACAUCAUCACCGUCAACGCCACCAUCAUCGGUGCCUCCGGCGGAACAUGCUCCGUCGCCGACUGCUCCUCUCCGGCGGGCCCGGACUGCAGGGUGAAGCCCAACGUUGGGUACGAGAGUUGUCUUGCCAAGACCAAGAGUGACUUGGUUGUGGCCACUGCCGUUUCUGCUCUUGUUGGUUCUGUUGCCAUGGGCCUGUUGGCUAACCUUCCUUUGGGCCUGGCUCCGGCCAUGGGGCCCAAUGCUUACUUGACUUUUAAUUUGGUUGGUUUUCAUGGAACCGGGUCAAUGUCGUAUCAAACUGCGUUGGCUGUGGUUUUGGUUGAGGGUUGUGCUUUUCUGUUUAUAUCUGCUGUUGGGUUGAGGGGGAAGCUUGCCAAGCUCAUCCCUCAUUCAGUGAGGCUCGGCUGUGCAGCUGGGAUUGGGCUUUUCAUCGCCUUUACGGGCCUGCAGUCAAGCCUUGGCGUUGGGCUUAUUGGGCCCGACCCUUCCAACCUGGUUACCAUCACGGCCUGCAAGAUCGUAGACCCAGAAACCGGGGCUUGCUUGGGUGGGAAACUGCAAAGCCCAAAGUUCUGGCUGGGCAUGGUUGGCCUCCUGAUUACGAGCUAUGGACUGAUGAAGAAUAUCAAGGGAAGCAUGAUCUAUGGCAUUGUUUUUGUGACGCUUGUGUCUUGGUUUAGGCACACAGAAGUUACUUAUUUUCCUGACACCCCAGUUGGUGAUGAAAGUUAUGAGUAUUUCAAGCAAGUGGUUGGUUUUCACAAGAUUGAAUCCACUGCUGGAAUGAUAAGGUUUAGUGAUUUUAACGAAAAGGGAGUUUGGGUGGCUUUGGCUACUUUGUUCUACGUUGAUGUGCUUGCGAUCACUGGGACUAUGUACACGAUGGCAGAGAUUGGUGGGUUUUUGGAUGAAAAGGGGCAUUUUGAAGGUGAGUACGUGGCUUACAUGGUUGAUGCAGGAAGCACGAUCGUGGGUUCUGCAUUGGGUGUGUCAAGCACAGCAACAUUUGUGGAAUCAUCGGCUGGUUUGAGAGAAGGGGGUCGAACUGGACUAACAGCAGUUUUGGUUGGGUUCUUCUUCUUCUUGUCACUGUUUUUUACUCCUCUCUUGUCUAGUGUUCCUCCUUGGGCUAUAGGACCUUCACUUGUGAUGGUUGGAGUGAUGAUGAUGAAGGUGGUGAAGGACAUAGAUUGGAACAACACCAAGGAUGCUGUGCCUGCUUUUGCCACAAUGCUCCUCAUGCCUCUCACAUAUUCCAUAGCAAAUGGGAUCAUUGCUGGGAUUGGACUCUACAUUGCUCUCAGCCUCUAUGAUUAUGCUGCAAGCAUUGUACAUUGGUUGAGGAAGAUGAGGAGAAUGGUGGCCAAGGAACAAAACCAAGUUUCUGCUACUGCAGCAGUGGAAAUAGUAUGAGAUGCUUAUUAUUACACCUUCUUGUUUAUUAUAGACUUUGGAUAACAUAGAUAUUAGAUAUUGAGUGUCAUGCUACGUAUAUUUUAGCGCACAAGUAGCCUCAUGAGUAGGAACUUAUGCUCUGUUUUGUAUUUAUUUAAGUUCAAGAGUAAAAUUUCUCGGUUCAUA